AUGCCAGAAUCGCCCGGUCAGGCUCCGGUCAUGGCUGACGAAACUCGCCUGCAGAGUCAAAAGCAGAACUUGAACGACCGUAUGGUAGUUCUACAAAAUAACAAUUUGGGUGAGGGGGUGAUGAUCAACAUCUUAUCAAGUGACUGUAUCGGUGCCACUGUGAACAAGCUAGAACGUGUCAUCUCAAGGGGUCCAACUGCUCAGCCCAGUGCCGACAUAGAGCCUCCAUUGGCCAGGCAGCUGACUCCGGUGGAGCAUGAUCAUGGCAGUGUCGUGUUCAGAGGCAACACGCUUCACGAGCAUGCAAUGAUAAACAUAUGCUCACACAACUGUAUGGGAGCUGAUGCCAAUGGUAUUGAUGACCCAGAAUUCCCUCAGGCAGAUGAGAUUUUGGAUGAGUACAAGUCCUCGGUCAGGCAGGCCCUAGCCAAUCAGAUGUGA